AUGUCGGGGUUGCGCAAAUAUCACACAAAAUCUCGAAAUGGCUGCACAAAUUGCAAGAGCCGCCGAGUAAAGUGUAACCUCCACUACCCUCAAUGCAAUAACUGCGUGCGCCGGAAUGAGUAUUGCUCCUUCCGGCGCUUUCUAUGGUGUUCGUCGUCCAAAGGAAGAUCAGUUGAAGAACAAGUUGAAGAACAUAUUGGUUUCAACGGCUAUCUUUCUCAAGGCAUCAUUCCUCCUUCUAUUAGUAAACGACAACCUUCUUCUUUCCCCAAUGAAUCUGUUCUUGACACUGAGCUGCUGUGCCACUUCAUUAGUUCAUGUGCUUCGUCGUUGGCUUUGGUCCCUAAUGCCCAGUUUAUAUGGGAAUCAGAAAUCCCCCUUCACAGAAUUGACAGCCCAUUCCUCAGUCAAGCUAUCAUGGCCCUGUCCGCACUGCAUAUUAGCUAUUUGCAACCGCCUGAUACGUUGAGAUAUGACGUUGCCGCGAGAAAGCAUUUCCAUAAAGCUACAUCGCAGUUUCGAUCAGUCGUCAGGGAGAUUACAAACGAAAACUGCAUAUCCAUCUUUGGGUUCUCGUUGAUUGUCGUUAUGUUCCAACUGAGGAUUUCUACCGAUGCAAUUGCUGGACCGCUUGUCGAGGAUCAUCAGUGCAUCGCAGGGCUGGAUGUGAUCCAUGCUCUGAGGACGGCAUGGGGAUUAACGCCAUCUUUAGGUCCACGGCUGAUGAAGACUCGCCUUCGAGGCUUGUUUAGUGAAGGCCGUGAUCUUGAUGAGCAAGGCAUCCUUGAUCUUAAUCACCAAGAAGCACUGUCUCGUUUAGAAAUGCUUAAUUUUUCCACCGUGAAAUCCGAAAGUAGUCAAAUCGCAUGUGUACGGGCACUCUCUGCGUUGAGAUAUUGGUGCGCAUUCAUGGGACGGCGAGUUAGUAUCUGGUUUCAUGUUGUGUGGUGGCCUGCUGCUAUUACCGAAGAUUUCCUACAGCUACUACGCAAUAAGGAGCCUAUAGCGUUGGCCAUCUACAGCUUGUGGCUCGCUGACAUGAGGGCAAUGCCAACUAAGUGGUUCACGGCGGGAUGGGCCGAAGGCACUUUAGCAUUGGUAGUUGAUUCGUUGGAAUUAGAAUGGAGAGAAAGGGUUGAAAGGGUUCUCAUACCAGUCUCUUGA